UUUUAAAUCUAUAAUAAUAAAUAAAUAUUAUAUUUAAAAAUAAAACUCUUUAAUAUAUGUAUUUUAAAAUCCAACUAUCUAAAUCUAACUUGAUUUGGUACCCCGGGCGGGUACAGGAUAUAAUUUACCUCAACCUCAAUCAAUAUUUCCCCACCCGAGAGACUGCUAAAAAUGAAACCAUUUCCCCAAUAUUAAGUUUUCUGCAACUUGUGGCUCUUUUAUAAGCCAUUUUCGCUCCACUCUCUCUCUCAAUUGAGAAUAUGGAAUCAGAACUCAACAAGCCAUUGAAACAAGGAAAAGAAGAUGAUGGUGAUAAAAAGCAAGAAGUAGAGGAAUUCUCUGAGGAGUUUCAAUGUUGCAUUUGCUUGGACCUACUUUACAAGCCAGUCGUAUUAGCCUGUGGCCAUCUUUCGUGCUUUUGGUGCAUCUUCAAUGCCAUGAAUUUCUGGCAUGAAUCCAACUGUCCAGUUUGCCGGCACCCAUAUAAUCAUUUCCCUAAUGUGUGUCGAUUGCUGCAUUUCUUGCUUUUGAAGAUGUACCCUAUUGCCUAUAAGAGAAGGGAAAAACAAGUGGGAGAAGAAGAAAAGCAAAUGGGCCACUUUUCACCUCAGUUUGAUCACCAUGUGUUUGGAUCACAUUCUAAUCAAGAUGUAGAUGUCCCAAACAAAUCAGUGCUCUCUCCCACUGAUGUUAUGGCACAGGAUUAUUCUGAUGAUUGUUUUUCUAGGCAAACAAAAUCAUCCUCAUUGCCAAAUUCACUAGAAGCUACUAAGCAUAUUAAUGAUACUAUAGAUGCUACACCUUCAACAUUAUACAGGAGCUCUGAGGGCAGUGGAAGUACGGCUACUGAAAAAUGCAGCCUUACUGGGGAAGAGCUUGAAGACAGAACUCUGAAACAAUGUUCUGUGUCUGUCUCUGAUUUGCAGUGUGCUGAAUGCAAGAAUUUGCUCUUUCGACCUCUCGUUCUUAAUUGUGGACAUGUAUAUUGUGAAACAUGUAUAUGUACCCCCAUGGCAGAAACUCCUAGGUGCGGAAUUUGCCAAAGCUUGCAUCCAAAUGGGUUUCCCGGCAUUUGUUUACUUCUUGAGCAAUUCUUGGAGAAGCAUUUUCCUAAAAUAUAUGCAAAGAGACGAGAAGGUUUACUCAAACAAACUGAUUGUCUUGCUGCAAAGAGACAAGAAGGUUCAACACAAGUUCAACAUCAAGCUAAACGGUCCUCAAUGUUUCCUAGUUCAAUCUUCUCAUCAUGGUUGUUUGGCAAUGGGCCGAAGGUUCAUUAUGCAGUUGGGUGUGAUUCUUGUGGGAUGUCCCCAAUAAUUGGAGAGAGGUAUAAAUGCAAAGACUGCAUGGAGAAGAUGGGCUUUGACCUAUGUGAAGCUUGCUAUAAUAAGCCCUGGGCAAUAUCAGGCCGGUUUAAUCAGCAGCAUAAACCAGAACAUACAUUUGAGAAUGUGCCGCCAGGCCUGCCGCAAUUGGGUCUCAGGCUGAGUUCUGAAAAUGAAGAUGGCUUUAAUGAUCCAGAAGAUGAAGAAGAUUUUGUUGCUCCGAUGCUCCUACAUGAUGCAGUACAUGGUUCUAAUGAUGUGGAUGUUGUUUCUCCUGCGUUGGUUCAAGAACAAGAAGACGGUUCAAAUGAUGUGGAAGUUGUUUGUCCGGCCGCGGAUCAAGAAGACGAUGCCAACAAUUCAUCUGGUUUGACAGGAGCAUUUUGAGAUGGUAUGUACCAAUACAACAUUUAGUAACCCAUGAAUGGCUAUUAACAGAUAUGCAGGCUAUUAUGCUAAUUGAAAGUCAAUACAAAUUUGAGAUUAAAAUCA